AUGGCGUGUGGAGCGAUCGAGUACAAAAGUGGUGAGCGUCAUGUCAGUGCCUACACCGAUGUUUUGGAGACAAAAACGAAUGGUGGAAUUACAUGUGUCUGGAGCGGAAAAGUAAAUGACUCUUGGCGAUUCGAUUUCAAAUGGAAAUUUGAUUGGGACGAGCUCAAAAAUCAAGGAGUCGAUGAGAUCACUGGAUACAUCACAGUUUACUCUGUGAAUACUAACUUCAACGCAGAGAUGAUUGCAAUCAAAAUCACAGAAGACAACCAAGUGAUCUCACAGCUGAUUGGACCCGAUUAUACUCCCGAUACUUGCUACUAUGCAUAUUCUCUCGUUCCUCACUACGCUCCAGCUCCUGAGAAGCCAGAUUACGACAACUUGUUUCUGCCUUCCGAUAAAAACGAUACUAUUCUGGUUGCUGAAGGAAAGAAGCUUCAUGUCAGCAAAGCGUUCCUCUCAUAUCACUCGGACUUCUUCUCCGGACUCUUCUCAUCGAAUUUCAAAGAAGGACAAAUGGAUGAAAUUCCGAUUGAAGAUGUCUCUUACGAAGAUUUCGCUCUACUCCUCAGCAAUUUCUACCCAAAUCCAGUGUUCCCGAAUGAUAGUACUGUCGAGAAAAUUCUGGAAAUGGCCAGUCGUUUCAUGGUUUCUUCAGUUAUCAACAUCAUUGAAUAUCAUCUUCUAAACAAUUCUAAAAUUAAUAGUGAGAAGAUGUUGUGGAUGGCUGAUGAGUAUAUUAUGCCCAACCUUCUGGAGAAGUGUAUUCGUUCACUUAAUACAGUGGAGAAAGCGAAGAAAUUGGAUCAAUCUCCGGAAUACAAGAAGUUGUCGGAUAGUGCCAAAGCGAAAGCUCUCGAUCGUAUCAUGAAAUUGAUAUAA